GAGAUCAGAUUUUUGGAGGACUUUCGACCGGGUCAGAAUGGCAACGUUCUCGACCUCUCCCUGGACGGCUCCGGCGAUGAGAUCACGGCCACCUACGUCCAGGUCGUCGACGAGGAGAGGUUCAGCCAGGCGCUCAGCGUCACGGUCCAGAGCGCGCUCGACGCGCUGGGGCAGGGGGACGUGGUCCUCUUCCUCUCCAUCGUCAUCGACUACCUGACCGAGCUCGGCGACAACCUGGCCAACGCGGCAGAGGACGGGGAGUUCCCGUGGCAGAUUGUCGGCACGGUGGCCUUCGCGGCCAUCCUGUUCGCGAACAUGUUUGCGGCGCUGGGCCCGAUCUUGUCCGAGCUCCUCCAGCCGUCCGAGGACGAGUCCAAGGAGGUUCCAGAGGAGGUCCUCAAGCGGUUCAACAAGCUCAAGGAGGAGCGGAAGGCCAAGGAAGAGGAGAAGCGGAUCCUGGACCUGACGUUGCCAGAGGGCCGUGCUGUACGGGACAUAGACGUGGCGAAGGCGGAGGAGUUCACCCAGCAGGGGCCCACGAAGCAGAAGGUGAUCAAGACGACGAUGCUCUCGGGAGAGGUUGUGGAGGAGAAAGUGUGGGAGGUCACUGGUGACGCCAUCAGCACCGAGCAGGGUAAGCCCAACACAUGGAGGUCGGCAUGA